CUCUCUCGGCACUGCCAUGAGCCUCCGGGUGCGGCUCGCGUCCAAGCGGAAGCCCGAGGGCUGGUCGCUGAUCGAGGCGGCUCUCUUCGAGUUCGAGGACCGCAUGCGCGAGGCGAUCAACGACCCGCACGACGGCAAGCGCAAGGCCGAGUCGAACUGGCCGAUUCACCGCCUGCAUUGGGAGCGCAACCGGUACAUCUACGACCUGUACUAUAAGCAGCAGAAGAUCUCGCGCGACCUGUACGACUUUCUCGUGCGCGAGAAGAUCGUCGACGCGGCGCUCAUCUCCAAGUGGCGCAAGCCCGGCUAUGAGAUCCUCUGCUCGAUGGCGGCGAUCCAAAAGGGCUCGACCAACUUCGGGACCACCUCGAUCUGCCGGGUGCCGCUGGCCCAGCGGGGCGGACAGAUCAUGCCCUCCGUCACGACGGGCUGCGUCUCCUGCGUCUCGGGCGAUGGCAUCGACGGCGGCCCCGUCUGGUGGACCGACCCGUACACGGCGUGGGCCGCCAAGAAGAAGGCGGACAAGAAGCAGAAGCGCGCGGAGCAGGCGGUGGACCCGGACGUGGAGGCGCGGCUCAAGGCGCUGCGCGGCGAGGGCGGCGGCGGCGGCGGCGGCGGCGGCGGCGAUCUCGACCCCGCAGUGGAGGCGCGGCUCGCUGCGCUGCGCGGGGAGACUGCGAGGCCGCCGGCGGCGGGCGCGGGUGGCGCCUCCUGCCAGCCGUGCGCGCCAUCGGCGAGCUGCAGCGCGGGCGGCGGCGAGUUUCAGCCCUCGCCCACCUUCGCGGGCGCGAGGCCAGGCUUCGUCUUCAAGGCCGGGCCGCAGGGAGUCGGGUACUAUGAGGACGCCGCGGCUUGAAGGAGUUGAAGGAGGUGGGUACAUCGGAGGGUGCGGGGCUGGAGGGGAAGAGGGGGGGGCGGCCUGGCUGGGCUUGCCCGCCCCUCGUGCCUUGAUCGCCAACUAGACUGCUUCGCGAGAGCGAUGUGUGGAGGCUCAGACGUGUUGAGGACGAGGGACAACUGUCGCUCCCACGCGGGCCAGAUGCAGAACACACCACGCUGUGCGCGCCGGGAAGCAGUGGAAGCGUCGUCGUCCUCGUCCUCAGGUCUCGUCGUCCGGCCGCGCUCUAAACGGACGCC